CUUCAGUUUUCGGAAGCAAAAUGUUCAGUGUUCCCGUUACGCUACUUUGUGCUGUGCAUUUAAUUUACGUUUCGGCCUGCGGCUAUAAUUCCUGUCCGAGAGUUAAACUCGACGAGAUUAACGUUCACCUUGUACCCCAUUCCCACGACGACGUCGGAUGGGUGAAGACCGUCGACGAGUACUUCGACGAAGACGUUAACAACAUUUUGAGUACAGUAGUAAAAGCGCUCCAGGAAAAUCCACGAAGAAGAUUUAUUCAAGUGGAAACUGCGUAUUUCUAUAAAUGGUGGUUCUUACAAGAUGAUGGAACUAAAGAGAAUGUGAAGAGACUGUUAAAAAGCGGACAAUUGGAAAUUGUCGGUGGCGCUUGGAGCAUGAACGAUGAAGCUGUUACUCAUUACCAGUCGAUCAUCGAUCAAUUCACGUUGGGUUUAAAAUUCUUGAAUGAAACUUUCGGAGUGUGUGGGUUGCCUAGGAUCGGCUGGCAAAUCGAUCCGUUCGGGCACAGCUCUGAGAUGGCUUCGAUCUUCAAGCAAAUGGAAUACGAUGCUCUGUUCUUAGGACGAAUCCAUCACGAGGAUCGAAACGAAAGGAUUCGUACCAAAGAUAUGGAGUUUAUGUGGAAAGAUAACUCCACGGGUUCGAGUUUAUUUACGUCUGUGCUCUACGAUUUGUACAUGGCGCCAAACAUGAUCGGACACAAUCUUUUCUGCGACUCUCCAAUUUAUGCAAGCAGGAAAAUCAAUGUGAACUUAUUCAAAGAACAUAUAGAGAAAGUAUUGAAAGCGUACAAAACUAAAAAUAUUUUGAUUCCAAUCGGAGGAGAUUUUCAUUACAUAAACGCGAAUGGUUGUUUCGAAAACCUGGACAAACUCAUUAGAAACAUGAGAGGAGAAAAAUUGAUCAACACUAAAAUUAACGUGUUUUACUCGACGCCUUCCUGUUAUUUGAAAGCACUGCAUCAAGGCACAAAUGGGAACGGUUUUAGUACGUUUUCCGCAGAUUUUUUUCCUUAUGCCGAUAGGAAUUACUCCUAUUGGUCUGGAUUUUAUACGUCGAGGCCUGCCUUGAAGAAAUUGGAGCGCGAAGGAAACCGUUUACUGCAGUUGCAGAUCUUCAAGCAAUUGCAUUCUUUAGUGCCACGGUCUAAAUACAAUCAUUCGAAUCUGGACAAUCUGAAGAGAAUCAUGGGAGUUAUGCAACAUCACGACGCUAUAACUGGAACGGAAACACAGUAUGUUGCCGAUGAUUACACUGCACAACUCGUGAAAGCAUUAGAUGACAACUUCAAAAAUAUCAAUUUAUUAAUCUCUAUAUUUCAAAAGAAUGUUUCCGAUAUUCAUUAUUGCCCUUUGAAGAAUGUGAGUAUCUGCGAUUUUACCUCCAAUAAUUCGCGUUUCACUGUAACUUUGUACAAUCCGCUUGCAUGGACUGUAAGUCAUUACGUUUACAUUCCAGUUAACGCUAAGAAUUUUACCGUUUCGCACAAUAAUGAAAUGUUGCCGAUACAAAUUCGAGUUAACGAUAAAUUAUUCAAUGAAUCGACUGAAAAUUCGAUAAUUUUCCAAGCAGAAAACAUUCCUCCGCUAGGCACGAAAAGCUUCACAAUUGAAAGGAAACCGGGCGCGAGGAUUUUAACUCCAAUUGUUGGUAGGCAAAGUCUUCACAUUGGAAACGAGAAAACGGCAGUUAACUUGGAUAAAGCCGGCUUUGUGUCGAGCGUGGUUCUGAGAGGAAUCCGCGUGGAGAUGCAACAGAGUAUUCUUUCUUACGAAGGAUAUGUUAGUCCAUCCUUUAAUCAUCCUUCGUCCGGAGCAUACGUUUUCAGGCCAAGCGAAUUGGCAAAGAGUUUUGGUAAAUUGAUGAAACUGACGGUGCACAAAGGCGAGCUGUUCGAUGAAAUUAAUCAGGUUUACAACGAUUGGAUCAAGCAAAGUAUUAGAGUCUACAAAGAUAGGGAUUUCGUUGAAUUCGAGUGGACUGUAGGCCCAUUUCCAGACGAUGUUGGUGAGGAGGUGAUUUCUAGGUUUUCGACAAACUUGGAUACGAAAAAAGUUUUCUAUACGGACGUCAAUGGUAGAGGGGAAAUAAAGCGUGUGACCGAGAAGAAGAAGGAAAGGAUUUCCGGGAAUUACUAUCCUGUAGCUUCGAGGAUUUCGCUGAAGGAUCAAAGCAGAGAUUUGAAGAUGACCGUUUAUAGCGAUCGACCGCAGGGUGGUGCGAGCUUGAUCUCCGGACAGUUGGAAUUGAUGUUGCAUCGCGUUACUAUUGACGAUGACGAGUUGGGAGUUGGCGAGCCUCUGCGAGAGAUGAACAGAAAUGCUGGAGGUUUGGUCACCGGGAGGCAUAUUUUAGCGAUGACAUCUAUCCACGAAAAUUACGAUGACCACAUCUUCAAUUUCCCCCCUGUCGAAUGGUAUUCUUCAGUAGAAAACCUUAACUUUCCACAGUUUUCAGUUUUGAAACGCGAUUUUCCUAAGAACGUCCACCUGCUAAGUUUGGAACCUUGGAAUGAGGAUUCAGUAUUGAUCCGUUUGGAAUAUAACGGGAAAGGAUCUGAUACAUCGGUUGAUUUAAAUGAUAUCUUCACAUUUUUCAAAAUCAAAUCUUUCACUGAAACGAACUUGUCAGGCGUCAAAUCACUUAAGAGAAGUUACAAUUUCACUUGGAACGGCGUUCAUGAAGAAUCAUUAAAAGUUGAGAAUACUUUGAAAGUAGUUUUGAAGCCUACGCAAAUUCGUACAUUUAUCGCAAAAGUCCAAUAUAUUUAAUAAAAACCAUUGAAUUAUAUUUAAGAUUUAAUAAAUAAUAUAAAUUAAA